UGGCGUCAGCACGCGCCCGGCCAGCCCGGAUGGCUCGGGGUGCAGGCCGCCUACUGCAGCAGGUGGACUGUCUUCCCUUGCGGCUUCCCUGAGGUGUAGACAGCUGGGCAUGGGCCUCCCGAGGCUUCGCCAUGAGCUUCCUGAUCGACUCCAGCAUCAUGAUCACCUCCCAGAUACUGUUUUUCGGAUUUGGAUGGCUUUUCUUCAUGCGCCAGUUGUUUAAGGACUAUGAGGUGCGUCAGUAUGUCGUGCAGGUGAUCUUCUCCGUGACUUUUGCCUUUUCCUGCACCAUGUUUGAGCUUAUCAUCUUUGAAAUCUUGGGAGUUCUGAACAGCAGCUCCCGUUAUUUCCACUGGAAAAUGAACCUGUGUGUAAUUCUGCUCAUCCUGGUUUUCAUGGUACCUUUCUACAUUGGUUAUUUUAUCGUGAGUAACAUCCAACUGUUACACAAACAGCGCCUGCUCUUUUCCUGUCUCUUAUGGCUGACCUUUAUGUACUUCUUCUGGAAGCUGGGAGAUCCAUUUCCCAUACUCAGUCCAAAGCAUGGGAUCUUGUCCAUAGAACAGCUCAUCAGCCGGGUGGGCGUGAUCGGGGUGACGCUCAUGGCUCUGCUGUCUGGAUUUGGUGCUGUCAACUGCCCGUACACAUACAUGUCCUACUUCCUUAGGAACGUGACUGACACGGAUAUCCUGGCGCUGGAGCGGCGGCUGCUGCAGACCAUGGACAUGAUCAUAAGCAAAAAGAAAAGGAUGGCCGUGGCUCGGAGAACCAUGUUCCAGAGAGGGGAGGUGCAGAACAAGCCGUCGGGACUCUGGGGCGUGCUGAAGAGCGUGACCGCGUCAUCUGCAGGAAGUGAAAAUCUGACUGUCAUUCAGCAGGAAGUAGAUGCUUUGGAAGAGCUAAGCAGGCAGCUUUUUCUGGAAACAGCUGAUCUGUAUGCUACUAAGGAAAGAAUUGAAUACUCUAAAACUUUCAAGGGGAAGUAUUUCAAUUUCCUGGGUUACUUCUUCUCUAUUUACUGUGUCUGGAAAAUUUUCAUGGCGACCAUCAAUAUUGUUCUUGAUCGAGUUGGGAAGACUGACCCUGUCACCAGAGGCAUUGAGAUCACUGUGAAUUACCUGGGGAUCCAGUUCGAUGUGAAGUUCUGGUCUCAACAUAUUUCUUUCAUUCUGGUUGGAAUAAUCAUUGUCACAUCCAUCAGAGGACUGCUGAUCACUCUUACCAAGUUCUUCUAUGCCAUAUCCAGCAGUAAGUCCUCCAAUGUCAUUGUCCUGCUCCUAGCACAGAUAAUGGGCAUGUACUUCGUCUCUUCUGUGCUGCUGAUCCGAAUGAGCAUGCCCCCCGAGUACCGGACCAUCAUCACGGAAGUCCUUGGGGAGCUUCAGUUCAACUUCUACCACCGCUGGUUUGACGUCAUCUUCCUCGUCAGUGCCCUCUCCAGCAUCCUCUUCCUCUACCUGGCUCACAAGCAGGCACCAGAGAAGCAUAUGGCACCCUGACUUAGACCUCUGCAGACUGAGGAAGGAGACACAGCGGGCCCACCUGGGCCUUCAAUUCUGUGAGCAGAGGAGCUGCCGGGGCGGUUUAUUCUGCACCCGGCACUGGCCUUCCUCCUCCUGCGGCAGUGCCGGAGUCAGAAGGCGCUCCCACGGAGGCACGGGAGGGAGAGAGCCCGCAGCCUUCUGCAGGGAGCAUGCGUGGGCCUGAGGCCGUGCACGCGUGGAGGGUGAGGGUCGGGCAUGAGGAUACCCUGUGCUCCUCAGGUGGCUUCCCUCCAAAAAUUGAGUAAAAUCAGAGUUUGUGACA